AUGCCAUAUGGCAACCACUUUGGCGACCGUAAAGGCUUCUUGGCUGACCAGGCUAUCCACAAUUUCUUAGAAAUCAAAACCCGUGAAGACUGGAUUGAGUUCAUGGGUGGCAAAAGUUCAAAGAGAUCUGUUUCAGGUCGUUAUGCAUCAUAUGGCUCGACCUCAAAUUCAUGGGCCUAUCCGCAACCAUCGUAUCCUCAACCUCCAGUGAGCCAACCGUAUGCUUCACCUUCUCCAUAUCAAAGCUAUCCUAAUCAGGCUCCCGCAGUUAAGAAGAGACUCGAGAGAAAAUAUUCAAGAAUCGAUGAUAACUACAACAACUUAGAGCAGGUUACAGAUGCCCUGGCGCGUGCGGGUUUGGAAUCAUCAAAUUUGAUUGUCGGUGUAGAUUUCACCAAAAGCAAUGAAUGGACAGGUGCAAGGUCGUUUCAUAGAAGAUGCUUGCAUCACAUUGGAAACGAAAUGAACCCUUAUGAAGAAGCAAUUUCGAUAAUUGGAAGGACACUAGCUUCCUUCGAUGAGGAUAAUUUAAUUCCUUGUUUUGGAUUUGGAGAUGCUUCAACGCAUGAUCAAGAAGUCUUUAGUUUCCUUCCGGAUGAUAAAUUUUGUGAUGGAUUUGAGGAGGUUUUAAGAAGAUACAGAGAAUUAGUACCUCAACUACGACUUGCAGGACCUACCUCAUUUGCACCUAUUAUUGAAAUGGCUAUCACUAUUGUUGAGCAAAGUGGUGGUCAAUAUCAUGUCUUAUUAAUAAUAGCCGAUGGGCAGGUCACGAGAAGCGUUGACACGGAACGCGGUCAACUAAGUCAACAGGAGAGGAAAACUGUCGAAGCAAUUGUGAAAGCUAGUGAGUACCCGUUGUCAAUAAUUCUAGUUGGAGUUGGAGAUGGACCAUGGGACAUGAUGAGGGAAUUUGACGAUAAUAUCCCUGCCCGAUCUUUUGACAAUUUUCAGUUUGUGAAUUUUACAGAAAUAAUGUCAAAGAAUAUCGAUCGGUCUAGGAAGGAAGCAGAGUUUGCUCUUGCAGCCUUGAUGGAAAUACCAGCACAGUACAAGGCAACAUUAGAGCUCAACAUUUUAGGUGGUCGUAGAGGAAAAGCCAUAGAUCGGAUAGCUCUUCCUCCACCUUGUUAUGGUUCGGUGUCUUCUCGUGCAUCAUCAAAGCCAUCGGGACCCACACCCACUACCUUCCAAUCCUCGUCACACUCGUUUCAAGGAAAGUCAACACCGGUCAACAAAAGUUACGCCGGAGGUUCCUCUUCUGAUAACCAACUUUGCCCGAUCUGCAUAAGCAACCCGAAAGAUAUGGCUUUUGGCUGCGGACACCAGACGUGUUGUGAAUGUGGGAAAGAUCUUCUGUUGUGCCCUAUAUGUCGGGAUCAAAUAGACACAAGGAUUAAGCUUUACUAAGUGGAAUAUGAGCUUGUUUUGAGUGCUAUAUGUUAUUAAGUUUGUACAUAAUCUUAUUCUUUGUAACUGGUUUUGGGACAAAAAUGUGUGAACCAGAAUAAACCCAUUUGUAACCGGUCUAAUCGGAUUUUUCCUAGUUCAGUUUGUAACCGCUUUCAAUUAUCCACUCCUAAUCUGGUUUCCAAUGUUUAGAAGAUGAUCCGGUUAAAUCUAGUCGGAUCAAACCAAACCGACCCGGUUUCUUGAAC